GAGGAAGGGAGUGGGCGGGGCGAAGUGCCUCAGAGCCUUCACUUGAUGUUGUGAAGGGAAGAAGGAGCUCUCCUCCGCCGCUCCGCCUUCCUUCCGCCUUGAGAGGCAGCGCAAGCCUUCUCCAGGAUGUUACGCUUUCGCCUUCUCCCUGCUGUGGCAGGUUGUAUUGCCCUUUCUAGGAGACACUAUGGAACAGCCCAGACUAUUCAUAGCCGGCGCAGGAUGCUGAUGGUGGCUCUUGUAGGAACUACAGCUGUGACAGCAAGCACUGGACUUCUUUGGAAAAGAGCCCAGGCCGAAGCACCAUCAUCCGUGAAACAUGAUAUGAGGGCAGACUCUGGUGAGAAGAUGAAGAAUGGAGAAGAAGCCGUGAAUGAAGAAUGCGAUGAUAGGAAAGCUGUAGAGUCAAGUGAUGAGGAUGUUCCUGCAGAAGGGAAGAAGAAGAAACGCUCUGGAUUUCGAGACCGUAAAGUGAUGGAGUAUGAAAACAGGAUCCGAGCAUACUCUACUCCCGAUAAAAUCUUCCGAUAUUUUGCUACCUUGAAAGUCAUAAGUGAGCACGGGGAGUCAGAAGUGUUUAUGACACCACAAGAUUUUGUGCGAUCUAUAACACCAAACGAAAAACAACCAGAACACCUAGGUCUUGAUCAGUUUGUGGUAAAACGCUACGAUGGAAAGAGAAUCUCCCAGGAACGUGAAAAGUUUGCAGAUGAAGACAGCAUCUUUUAUGCACUUGGAGAAUGUGGCCUGAUCUCCUUUUCUGACUACAUCUUCCUCACAACCGUUCUCUCUACUCCUCAGAGGAACUUUGAAAUUGCUUUCAAGAUGUUUGAUCUAAAUGGUGAUGGAGAAGUGGAUAUGGAAGAGUUUGAACAGGUUCAGAGCAUCAUUCGCUCCCAGACAAGCAUGGGCAUGCGCCAUAGGGACCGCUCAACCACUGGGAAUACUUUGAAGACUGGCUUCAACUCUGCAUUGACCACAUACUUUUUUGGAGCCGAUCUGAAGGGCAAGCUGACAAUCUCCCACUUCCUGGAAUUCCAGCGCAAACUUCAGCAUGACAUCCUCAAACUUGAGUUUGAAAGGCACGAUCCCGUGAAUGGGCGGAUCACAGAGCGUCAAUUUGGCAGCAUGUUGCUGGCGUACAGUGGAGUGCAAUCCAAAAAACUCAGUCUCAUGCUGAAGCAACUCAAGAAGCAUUUCCAGGAUGGAGAGGGGCUGACCUUUGAAGAGGUAGAAAAUUUCUUCACUUUCCUGAAAAAUAUAAAUGAUGUGGAUACAGCUUUAAGCUUUUAUCACAUGGCUGGAGCAUCACUUGAUAAAGAUACUAUGCAGCAGGUAGCCAAGACGGUGGCAAAAGUGGAGCUGUCAGACCAUGUUUGUGAUGUGGUGUUUGCUCUCUUUGACUGUGAUGGCAACGGUGAGCUGAGUAACAAGGAGUUUGUCGCCAUUAUGAAGCAGAGGCUUAUGAGGGGCUUGGAAAAGCCAAAAGACAUGGGAUUUACUCGGCUGAUGAGAGCCAUGUGGAAAUGUGCGCAGGAGACUGCUUGGGAUUUUGCCAUGCCCAAACAAUAACCCCAAGCAGCCAGAGUUGGAAACCUGGCUGCAACACUAAGGCGGAGGAUUAUACGCUCUGCUGCGUUUGUGCCACCUGAUCAACGGCCAUCGUGUUAGAAGCUCCAGGAAUAAUGAAGGCCUUCUGUGACAGAAUGACCAGAUUCCACUGCUGCACUGGAAAAAAAUCAACCUUGGAAGGCAAAGACUGUUAAUGACUGCAAUUUUUCCUUCAAAAAUUCCUAAGCGGAAACUUGAGUGCGUUGUCAAAUAGCUUUCUAUCUUAAUAACUGCCUUCGCUGUACACAUACACAAUCUAUUUCUUUGUCUUCUCUUAGGUUUUUACUUUAUAUAUCUCAGGAAGCAAAUCGUCAGUAAUUAGCUUUGAAUAUCGCAGCGGCUGCUUCCUUCUCUGAAAAUAAAAUGUUUGAGCAUGGAUACUACAAAAGAACAGUAUUGCUUGUAUCUGUAGUAACUGAUAUUUUGAGCAUUGUAGGAGUGAUAAUGCUUGAGGUUGUCACUCCUGCCCUAUCCUUGAUGUUUCUUAGAAUUUUUUAAAAGGGGGAUUUAAGGGGGACCAAAGCCAGUGGUGAUUUUUUCCAUGUUAAAUAUCAAAACAUCAGUUAUUCUUUAAGCUACCCAUAAAUUUCAAGGCAAAAUAUGACCAAGGACUGUGUGAUACGAGAAACCUAUUUCUGCUUGGAUUUUUGACUUGUACUUGCAACCCAAUCUGUAUGCUGUUACCUGUAAUUUUUCCCCUUAAUGAGCUCUUUAUGAUGUGUUCUUUCAUACAGCCUCGAAACUGAACUUUACAGAGCACUUGAAUGCUUGUCAAAUAUAAUUUUAAUUAUAAUGGUUCCCAGCCAGACACCUGAA